AUGAAGCCAUCGUCUCCAUUUUCCAUAACGCAAAUAAAACGUCCCUAUGACGAUAUACCAUCACCACCAUCGUUUGAUAUCUCUUUGACAAGAUCAUCGACUACAACACCGGGACAUCAAAAACGUGUCAGAUUUUUAAUACAAGAUGAUGCUGGAACUGAACGACGAAAUUUUGAAUCAUCAUCAAUUUAUUCUCCAACCGGACAGUCUAGUAUUCAAUAUGAUCAAGACUAUUCACAAAACAUAUUUUCACAUCGUCAAGGAGUAUCAGCAAGUGGUUCUUAUAUUGAUGAGAGUGGCAAUGAUGGAACAUGGUUAACAUUAUACGGUUUUCGUACACCACAAGAAAUUCAAUUUAUAUUGGAUGAAUUUACACGUUUUGGAGUUAUUGAAAAACAUGUGAUUGUUGAAGAAUCGAAUUAUCUUCACGUUAAAUAUGAAACUCGUUUACAAGCACAAAAAGCAUUGACAAAACAUGGUCAUCUAUUUGGAAAAAUAAUGAUCGGUGUUCGAUUAUGUCAAGAUAAAGAUAUUAUUGGUUUGAAACCGACCACAAAUCCCAAUAUCUAUUUAGAAAAUCCAUUUUUAAUUAGACAUCGUCGUAAUAUACCAAAAUUAAAUCAAGAUUUUAUAUCGGCUUCACCAUCAUUAACGUUUCAGAGAAAUAAUCUGGCUACAUCGUCACAAAUAUUAGCACCAUUGAAUUUUAAUGGUGCAUUUCCAUUUGGUACAUCAAAUCCGAUAACAACAUCAUUAUCUUCAUCAUCAUUGUUUAAUCCAUUUGGAAAAACUACAAUGUGA